CGGUGGCAGGUUCGGUCGGGCACUGCGGGUCCCCGCGUGACCCCUGUGCAUGCGCGAAGUCAGCCUUAUCGCCGUGCUCCCGUGUCCUUGGCGGGGGCUCCGGCAGCAGGGGAGACCUGGGCAGGGCAGCCCGCGCGCUCUGCAGGAGCUGGUCAGCAGACUACUCCACCUACACUUCAGGGAUUGCAAGACUAAAGUCAGCGGGGAUGCACUGCAGCUCAUGGUGGAGUUCCUGAGAGUCUUUGUAGUCGAAGCCGCUGUCCGUGGGGUCCGGCAGGCGCAGGCAGAAGACCUGGAUGAUGUGGGCGUGGACCAGCUGGAGAAGGUGCUUCCGCAGCUGCUCCUGGACUUCUAGAGUUACCCUCCUGCAAAGUCUACGGUGAAUUCACACCA